AAUUUAUUGUAAUAAUAAUAUUGAAAAAAACAAUGUCGUGAUAACAGUUAACAAAGUUUACAAAAUACAGGAUAGUGGAUACAGAUACAGAAUACAGUUUUAAGAUUUGCACUUUGCAGCUGGGUACUGACCAGUGACAACUUACUAGACAGUUGUAGUUGCGAGGUAGAGACGCAUUAUAUAGUACGAUAGUUUUACGUUAGUACUCAGUGUGCAUUCAAUAUCACAAUACAAUAAUUGUUAAUUGUCGUGUUUACGUCCGUUUGUUAUUCGCAUACGACGAGCCACGAGCACUAUAAAACAAUAUUAUGUCAUAAACGUAUCUACAUACGUAUUGUAUAAUGUAUAUUAUAAUAUACCCAUAAUAUUAUUAAAAUAUUAUGUCAAGACUGGAAUUUUUCGUGCCGCCUAUCGUUGCCCCACUCCGGCCUAGACAUUAAGUGUCCGCCACCUACUUGACUGCCUACGCUCGCGUAUUCCAUUUCAGACUUAAAAUAUAGUUAAUAGUCAUAGAUCUUAAUCGUCGGUUCAUGGUUGUGGUCUCUGUCGUGUGUUUCGUGGAGUUCGGACAUUUUCGUCAAUGGCAUUUCGAGAAGAUGUACACACGUCUCGUCGUAUCGUAGACGUCCACCGAGAACCACGAAGACAUUAUUAAUACGAUAUCGUCGAUAUUUUCGUAUUACAUCGAAACUUGCAGGUGUCUAUCUACCGGCUUCGGUGCGAUGUCCGUCACCGUACAGCAGAUAUUGUCCGACGCCAAGCGAUUGGCGUCCAAACUCAAAGAACACGACACAGCAGCCGACGCGUUAUUGUCCCAAGCCCAGUUCGUCUACAAGAAGAUCGACGCUAUGAAACAAUAUACAGAUGAUUUGUCGGAACUCAACGACAUGGAAGAGGGAGGUCUGCCACAUGAAGAACUGGUCAAUUCGAUACGCACCGAGAGUCGGCAGCUACAAGAGAUUGUACGAGAAAAUCGAAUAUUAAGAGCAAUGGUCGCUGAGCACCAGACUGCGCUUGAGAUGAUCAUGAGCAAAUAUAGAUCACAAGUUUCGCAUCUUGUUGCCCAAACUAGUGCCGGCCAGCUUGUUAACAAUCUCACAGCGAAGACGAUUGAAGAGAAAAAUGCGUUGAUCAUUCAACAGGAAGAACGUAUCAAAGAAAUGAUGGCUGUCAUGAGUCUUGCUUCUCGUUUAGAGGCUGAAGAAGCUAGUAAAAAGGAAGAAACUAUUGGCAGGUUACAAACUGAAAACCAAACACUUAGAAAACUAUUGAAAAUAUCCAGUGAUCUGUCUGCAGAAAAAGAACCAGACACGAUUUUGGCAUCUACGUAAACUUAAAACAUUACCAUUGAUAGCUAUAUCAAAGUACUCUUAAAAUAUUUAAUUAAAAUGCCAUUAUUAAUUGUGUCAUUAUAAUAAUUUAGGAAAUACAAACAAAUCAUGAACACAAUCAUUUGGACUUAAAUUUAGAUAAUCAUAAAAUAAUUUUGAAGAGAAAACAAUUAAUUAAUUAAUUAAUACAUUAACAUAUAACAUAAUAUUAUAUUCAUAUAUUCAAAUCAGGAACAAUGUUGUGUGAUCAUCGUGUAUAUUGUGAAGGAAAACUAAAUGUAUGAGAUCCGAUGGCACCCACAAUUGGCAGUCGCCCCACAUUUGGUAUGAUGUUGUAGGACAGGGUUAAAGUCACGUUUUUAUUUCCUCUGUAAAACAUAAUAAUUACUGAAUUAUCUAGUUUUCUUGUAAUUUUUGUUUUUUUUCUUGUAAAAUAUUAAUGAAGAGGUAAAAUCUGAAUACAAUUUUCUAGUAGAAAUAAUAGAAGCAAAAAAAAAUUAACAAUAAAAAUGAUUAAUUUAAUUAAUGACUUAAUAUAGAUAGGUAUAAGAAGAAGGAAGCACUUUAUUUAUUGUAAGCAUUAUAGCAUUCAAGUAUUAUUUAUACAAUGACAUACUAUUCUGUGAUUUUAAUUUGUAUCAACUGAGAAUGAACUUUUUAAAUUUAAUACAGGUAAUCUAUAUUCCCAAUUCAUAAUUGAAAAUCAAAAUUAAAAUUAAAUUUUGAUUAGUGCAUAUAACAUUAUUACUAAUAUGAUUAUACCUAAAAAUGAAUUUGUUAUCUAUUUGUUAGUAUUAAAGUAGACCUAAGUAUUUUUAUGUUAAAACAAAUAUAUAUAUAUAUAUAUUAUAUAAA